CCGGUAUGCUCCGGCAAACCUUUUCCUGCAUUUAACGUUUGACGUUGUCCGUCCCGAAUUUUCAAAUAAUUAGCACUUCUAGUAAGAGUGAUUAUGCUACCAACAUUUGAACCCCAAUCGCACGAGGCCCUUUCUGUCCAAAUACAUUUGAAAGAUAGAGGUGUCAAGCAUAUAAAAAUAUCCGAGGCGCAAAAAGUGUACCAAGUAUAUGAAUUCAUUCAGCAAAUUGGACACGGAUCGUUUGGAGUCGUAGUUUUAGCGAUAGAAAAGAAUAACAACAAACACUGGGCGAUAAAGAUAGUCAAUAAAACCAUUGCGGGCGCGAGCAAAUUAACUGAAAUCGGCAGAGAAAUUAAAAUAUUAAAGUUGGUAAACCAUCCCAACAUAAUUUACUUGGACAAAGUUUACGAGUCACCGAAAAAAAUUUACAUGGUGCUCGAACUGUGCAAGAAAGGGCUCAACGACGUUUACCUCCAAAAGAGGCCAUUUUCCGAAAAAGUGAGCAAGAAUAUUUUUAUUCAACUCGUUAACGCCAUCUGGUACUUGCAUAAAAACGACAUUGUACAUAGAGAUGUAAAAAUGGACAACAUACUCAUAGCAAAUAACCCAGACGAAAGAAACGACGAAUAUUACAUAAAAUUGACUGACUUCGGAUUAAGCGUUGUAAAAACUGGAGUCGGCAUAGAAAGUUUUAUGACGGAUUAUUGCGGAACUGUUACUUACAUGCCCCCAGAAAUCAUCGAAAUGAAAACUUACAGCGAACUGUGCGACGUGUGGGCAAUUGGAGUAAUAUUGUACAUGAUGUUGUUUGGGAAACUCCCGUUUGGUGGAUUUAACGAGGACGAAAUAAAGAGAAAAAUAUGUACGGAGGAGCCACACUAUGACAAGACGGGUGUAAAUUCGGAGGCAAUAGAUCUUUUGCGAACUAUUUUGGAAAAGGAUCCGGUUCAAAGGGUGACAGCCGCCCAAAUAAAAGAACACCCAUGGGUCGAUAAAAGGGCCAAAAUUAUAGGAAAGGAUCAAAAUAUUGUCCAAUUGAUGAAACGUUUUCGCAGCGAACUAGAUCGUGGAUCCAAUGGGUCUGGGAAAAGCGUUAGAGGACUGUUAAUUUUUCCAGAGUAUUAUCAUAGAUGAUUUUGACCAAUUAUUAGAUCCCAACUUAAAUCGUUGCGAGUUGCAGACAAUAAGGUAAUAAAUCGAUUUGAAGUUAAGCAUACAAGACAAGUCAUAUCCGUGGGAACUCUGUUUCCGAGAAACGAGGUGUCAAAGUUCUCACAUUUUUUGUUUCUUACACUUCAAAAAGUUAAUAUUUAAGGGGCAUUUUUUAAUACCUGCCGAUUGAAACACUUUUGGGGUGGUACUUAAUUUAAUCGUCCCGAAUUUUUUUUUCGACUAGUCGCUGUUGUCUGUUAGUAUAGUUAGUGAUUUAGAUUUGGAAUUAUUUUGAGACCAACGCGAAAAAUUAUAACAAAAAAAAACAUUUUCAAAACUUUCAAAAAUUGUAGCGGGAAAUGAAAAAGAAAACACGCAAAAUCUUAAAACUAUUGUACCUCAGAAACGAAGCUCUCACGGAAAUACGUUUAUAUAUUUUAAUACGAUAAAGAUAAAAAUAAGAUAAGUCGUGCUGCAAAAAACGGUCUCACCCCGUAUACCACGAAAUCAGCAUUUUAUUGUUUUCAGCCGUAGACGAUAUUCGACCAAGAAUAAUCCGAAAAGGUAGAGAGCAAUUUUUGACUUAUUUUGCUUAAUAAAAUUUUUUAUAAAAUUCCUGUUUUAUUUUACCAAAGAUAAACAGUUUCCUAAAUAACUUCCGAUAUAUUAAGACUAUUAGAAAGUCAUUUCGAAUUCAUCUGUCAAACAAGCUGUCCAUAAUUUAGGUAGCGUGGGUGGAGAUGAUUCUGCCCUUUUGUCAAUCGAACACUCUAAUUUUCAAACUACUAUUAUUAAUAAUAGUAUUAUUGUCAAAGCUAAUAUUGUUCACACAUAAUUUUUUUAGUACAAAAAAAAUUUAGGCUCCACCCAUACAACCUCUAUCUACUUCUUAGCAUAAAUAUUAAAAAUUUAGUUUUUUUUCCAAACUCAUUUUUGUUGCUAUCUUGUAACAUCAAGAUUUCAUUUUUGCACUGGAAACAUCUCACUAAAUUGAAACAACUGAACUAACCAAAACUGAUGGAAUAUUAAAUUAUCAAUUCAAUAACAAUUUAAUUUCAAUGCAAAAAAUAACAUGACAUUCUUGAACGUGCAGAUUUAAUUUAAAAAAAAAUAAAAACUUGAAAACACCUUGGCUUGGACUCAGUUUUUUGUCUGGUUGAUGUACUUUAAAAUAUCCAAGCUAAAAUUUGAAUCCCUCUACAAGCAUGUGUCACGUGAUUCUAUCAGAUACAAAU